AUGUUACUGCGCAUUGCCGGGCCAUGCUCGCCCGGCCUCGGUGCACACUGUAGACACCAAUCGAGACGUUUGUUCUCGUCUUUACCGUCCCAACCAUCCUCAUCCAAAUUGAAAUCCGUCCCGCGCCCGUCGAUAUCGCUACGCAAGACCACCCCAUUCCGCCCCGAACGUGGCAUACAGAUACGCACCGAGAGAUUCUCCCCCUUUACGCCCCCAUCCCCCGAAACCUUAGGGAAAGCUGCGCCCGCGAGAGAGUAUCGCCGGACUAUAAAAUGGGGUCGAAGACUGCUGUAUACUUUGGCCGUGACGGCGGUUUUAUACGGUGUUGAUACGCAAAUCUACGCAUCCUCGAUAACCCGGUCGCUACGGACUUUCGGCCUAGGCAUAAUCGUUGCAAUAGACUAUAAGCUCAAUUUCAGGCCAACCCCUCUGUUGGGUGGCACGAUCGAGGACCUUCAUCGACGGAGUGCCGAACGGCUCUCCGACCUACUGCAUCAGAAUGGCGGGCUAUACCUGAAGAUCGGCCAAGCAAUCGCUAUGCAGAGCGCAAUUCUGCCACCGGAGUUCCAGACUAUGUUCUCGAGGAUGUUUGACGAUGCGCCGCAGAAUGACUGGGCUGAUGUUGAGAAGGUCAUACGGGAGGAUUUUGGUGCAAGUCCGGAGGAAGUUUUUGGGGUUUCCUUCACUGGCGAACCUGGAUAUGGGUCCAUGGAGAAGAAGGCCAGAGCCUCGGCUUCUGUCGCCCAGGUCCAUUGGGCUAGGCUAGCUGAUGGGAGGGAGGUUGCCAUAAAGGUCCAGAAACGAGAGAUCGCCCAGCAGGUGGGCUGGGACCUCUGGGCUUUCCGUCUGGUGAUGAAAGUCUAUACGAGAUGGUUCGACCUCCCUCUAUACAGCCUAAUUCCAUACAUCACGGACCGCCUAAUGUUGGAAACCGACUUCGUCAAUGAAGCCAAUAACUCUGAGAAGAUGGCCGAACUUGUUCACGGGGAACCCCGGCUCCGCGGUCGAGUUUAUAUCCCCAAGGUCUACCGUGAACUCUCCUCCAAAAGGGUCAUGACCGCAGAAUGGAUCGAAGGUAUCCGUCUCUGGGAUAAAGAAGCACUCAGUGCUCCCUGGCGAGGCGGGUAUCGCGAAGGGUCUCCUGGUGUGAAUGGAAUGCCUCUUUCGUCGACCCAGAUACCUCCCAAUAAUGGAACUGGCUCCCUCAAGCCAGAGCGCAACGAAUGGAAAGGCCGGAGCGGCAAGGGUGGCUUAGGGCUCUCGCUCAAAGAAGUCAUGACUACCAUGGUUGACCUGUUCUCCGCCCAAAUGUUCCUCUGGGGUCUCGUACAUUGCGAUCCCCAUCCAGGCAAUAUAUUCAUCCGGCGGAAGCCAAAUGGACAUGCCGAACUCGUCCUCAUCGAUCAUGGGCUGUACGUCGCAAUGGCGCCGAAAUUCAGACAUGAAUACUGCCGGUUCUGGAAGGCCUUGAUGACCUUCGAUAACACAGCCUUGAGCGAAAUCACCAACGCGUGGGGCAUCAAAGCUCCAGAUCUGUUCGCAAGUGCAACACUAAUGCGCCCAUAUGAAGGAGGCGACAGCAGUACCAGGAACAGGAUUACCAAGGACCUCAAAGGCAAGACACCGGCCGAGCGUCACUACGAAAUGCAAGACCGCAUGCGUCAAGGUGUCCGUGAGAUACUCUCAGAAGAAGAGAAUUUUCCCCGCGAACUCCUGUUCAUCGGCCGCAAUAUGCGCAUCGUCCAAGGCAACAACCAAUUCCUCGGCUCACCGGUCAACAGAAUCAAAUUGACGGGCUAUUGGGCAAGCAGAAGUCUCGUUGACAGUAAAGAUCUGAGUAUCCGCGAGAGAUUCGCGAAUGGGUUUAGACAUCUAAUGUUCCGCGUUGUGCUGCUCACCAGCGAUAUUGUCUUUUAUACGAGCAAGGUGAGGCAAUGGCUAGGUUUUGGGCUAGGGAUGGAGGAUGAUAUGGAGAGGCAGAUGAGAUUUAUCGCGAAGGAUCAGUUUGGUUUUGAUCUGCAGCAUGACGUUUUCGAGGGCUAG